AACUCAGAUCUCUCAUCAAUGGCGAUUCCUCUGCAAGUUUUGAUCAUCGUCUCCUUAUUGAUCUCAUUUUCUACUGCAACCUUCUCGGAAAGCAUCUCCAGUUCAUCGCUUUCUCCAUGUCAAUCUUCACAAGAAAUGCUUCAUGAAGAAAGGCUUCCUCUAUCGCUGUUCGGACCAAUCCUAGCAGAUCUAGGUUUCCAUGGCUUCGCAGCUGCCGCUGCUUCUAUAUCUAAUUCCAACGUUUGGAGAGGACCUAUCACCGUCUUUGCUGUUACAGAUCCUUCUCUGUUCACAUGUGCUUCUUGCUCUGUUUCUCUCCUCCUCCAUGAACAUACAGUUCCCGGACUCUAUUCGUUUCAUUAUCUCAGUUCAUUAACAUUCGGUACUAAAAUCGAAACCCUAGCUCCCGGACGUUGUCUUACUAUAACGUCAACGAACAAUUCCUCUCGGAUCUUUAUCGGUGGAGUUGAGAUUACGCAUCCAGAUCUGUUCAACAACGGUUUAGUAGCAAUUCAUGGUCUCCAAGGCUAUGUUUCUCAUUUAUCGCCAUUUUCAUGUAGUGUAGAGAGAAUGACAUCGCUAUCAUUCUUUUCUCCACCGCCUCAGGUGGAGACAUUUGUGAUGCGACAGAUGUUGAGAGAUGCAAUGCUUCGUCUUCGUAUCAGCGGUUAUACAGUGCUGGCGAUUGCGCUGAGAGUGAAGUAUGCUGAACUUGUGGAUUUCAGUUCAUUUACUGUGUUUGCUCUAGACGAUCUAUCGGUAUUCACUAGCGGACAAUCAUUCGUCUCUGAUUUUAGAUUCCAUGUCGUUCCGAAUAGAUUGUUGUUGGCUGAAGAUUUGGAACAGUUACCUGCUGGAACAGUUUUGACAACGAUGCAUAGUGGACACAAUCUAGUAGUCACGACCGGUGGCGGAGGCGGUCCUCUUAUUCCAAUGAGGAUCAAUUACGUGAAAGUGGAGAUGCCUAAUCUUCUGUAUAAUCUGAAGAUCGCAAUCCAUGGAAUUUCUGUACCGUUACAGAAUGUUAAUCAGACUGCCGCUCUAGAAUUGAUCCAGCAUGGACGCCAAGGAUUCGAUGAACCUGUAUUGAAUUCGCAGAGGAGUCACCAACCUUCAAUGAACUCUAGAAUCCAUUGGACUUCGGAGAUUGAUGAUCAUCAUGGUCUUUGA